CAAAUAUAAUGGAUUCUAAAAUAGGAAAAACAUUUAAAUUAACUAAGAAAUUAGGAAGUGGUGCUUUUGGAGAAAUAUUUCAUGGAAUAAAUGUAAAUGAAUAUAAUUUAAUGUUUAUAUUAGCUUAAAAAUAAUAUAGAAGUAGCAAUAAAAUUAGAGCCUAUUAGUGCCAAACAUCCAUAACUUUAUUAUGAAGCAAAACUAUAUUAACAUCUUAGUCAAGAAAAUGAUUCUGUAGAGAAAGGAAUUCCCUAAGUCUAUUAUUGUUCAACAGAAGGAGAUUAUAAUAUUAUGGUGAUGGAUUUGUUAGGAUCUUCCCUUGAAGAAUUGCUUACUUAAUGUCAAAGAAAGUUUUCAUUAAAAACUGUUCUUAUGUUAGUAGAAUAAAUGAUUACUAGAGUAGAAUUCAUUCAUUCUAAAGAUUUUCUUCAUAGAGAUAUAAAACCUGACAAUUUUUUAAUGGGUUUAGGUAAAAGAGCAUAAACAUUAUUUAUGAUUGAUUUUGGAUUAGCUAAAAGAUUUAUAACAAGAGAUGGAUCUCAUAUCCCUUAUAGAGAGAAAAAAAAUUUGACUGGCACUGCAAGGUAUGCAUCAAUUAAUACUCAUCUUGGAUUAGAAUAAAGUAGAAGAGAUGAUUUAGAAAGUAUUGGAUAUGUUUUAAUAUAUUUCUUAAAAGGAACACUUCCAUGGUAGAAUUUAAAAAACAAUAACAAGAAAGAUAAAUAUGAAAGAAUUAUGGAAUCUAAAAUUGCAACUAGUGUUGAAUUAUUAUGUUCAGGAACACCUUUAGAAUUCUAAUAAUAUCUCAAAUAUUGUAGAAAUUUGUAAUUUACUGAAAAACCAGAUUAUGACUAUUGUAGACAACUCUUUCGAGAUUUAUUCUAAAAAUAACGGUUUGCUUUGGAUUACUAAUAUGAUUGGACUUAAAAAAGAAUAGAAUAAACUAAUCCAUAAUAAUAAACAAUCUAGCAAUGA